AUACUACCCCUCUGAAUGACGUCGAGUCGCCUCUGUGCUCAGCAGUAUAUUUACAGUGCUCUGCCUUUCACUGGAGAUCAAACGCCGGAGUACUCACGAAACAAGCAAACAGACAUGGCAGAAAACGCCGACUUGGAUAACCACCGUAUCAAGAGCUUCAAAAACAAGGGACGCGAUGUCGAGACUAUGAGAAGACAUCGAAAUGACAUGACAGUGGAACUGAGAAAGAACAAACGAGACAAGCAUCUACUGAAGAAGAGGAACGUCCCACAGGAGGACAGUCUUGAGGACUCCGACAUAGACUCUGACUCCAAAGGGCAAAACGUCACACUAGAAGUUAUGUUACAGAAUGCCGCCAGUGAUAACGCUGUGGUCCAGCUCAGUGCCGUACAGGCUGCCAGAAAACUCCUUUCCAGUGACAGAAACCCUCCCAUUGAUGACUUGAUAAAGUCUGGCAUCCUGCCCAUCCUAGUCAAAUGUCUGGAGAGAGACGACAAUCCGUCUCUCCAGUUCGAGGCAGCCUGGGCCCUGACCAACAUAGCGUCUGGUACUUCACAACAGACCCAGGCUGUGGUCAAAUCCAAUGCUGUUCCCCUGUUCCUGCGACUGCUCCACUCUCUCCAUCAGAAUGUGUGUGAACAGGCUGUGUGGGCACUAGGCAACAUCAUAGGUGACGGGCCACAGUGCAGAGAUUACGUAAUCUCCCUGGGUGUGGUCAAGCCCCUGCUGUCCUUCAUUAACCCGUCCAUCCCCAUCUCCUUCCUCCGCAACGUCACCUGGGUCAUCGUAAACCUCUGUCGCAACAAGGAGCCACCGCCCCCCAUGGAGACAGUACAGGAGAUUGUUCCAGCUCUGUGUGUUCUUCUAUACCACACAGAUAUAAAUAUCCUGGUGGACACGGUGUGGGCUCUGUCCUAUCUGACGGAUGGUGGGAACGAGCAGAUUCAGAUGGUGAUAGACUCUGGCGUAGUCCCCUUCCUCGUUCCUCUGCUCAGCCACCAGGAGGUCAAAGUUCAGACUGCUACGCUGAGGGCAGUAGGCAACAUUGUGACGGGGACAGACGAGCAGACGCAGAUGGUUCUCAACUGUGAUGUCCUCUCCCACUUCCCCAACCUGCUCACACACCCCAAAGAGAAGAUCAACAAGGAAGCAGUGUGGUUCUUGUCCAAUAUCACGGCUGGGAACCAGCAGCAGGUUCAGGCUGUGAUCGACGCAGGACUCAUCCCCUUGAUUAUCCACCAACUGGCCACGGGGGACUUUGGGACUCAGAAGGAGGCAGCGUGGACCAUCAGCAACCUCACAAUCAGUGGCCGGAAAGACCAGGUGGAGUACUUGGUGCAGCAGAAUGUAGUCCCUCCUUUCUGCAGUCUGCUUUCAGUGAAGGACUCCCAGGUGGUCCAGGUACUCCUAGACGGCCUCAAGAACGUCCUUAUCAUGGCCGGGGACGAGGCCAGCACCAUCACUGAGAUCAUAGAGGAGUGUGGAGGUGUGUGCCUGCAUAUUCUCAUGAUGGCUAGAGGAGGUCUGGAGAAGAUUGAGAAUCUACAGCAACAUGAGAAUGAGGACAUCUACAAACUAGCCUUCGAGAUUAUUGACCAGUACUUCUCAGGUGACGACAUUGAUGAGGAUCCCAGUUUGAUUCCUGAAGCCACCCAAGGAGGGACCUUCAACUUUGACCCCGCUUCCAGCCUGCAGAAGGAUUUCAAGUUCUAGGAGCCAGCUUCACUAGUACUGUCUAACCAACCCCAGACAUUCAUCCAUCUAUCUCUCCUCCUAUCUGGCAACCUAAUACAGAAGGAUUGAACCAACCUACUACCAUCACUAUUACUCCAACAUGGUAACCCACCAACUCCACAAUACGCCACCUCUGCACUGAAAGGUUACUUAAAACUACCACCUGCCACCACAACCUGGCAACCCAAUACAAUCGGGUCCAGGUAAUUAAUCCAGCACCAGUACAAUCUGGCCACCCGUGUGGGGAGGAUCUCAGGCAAUCUUAGCAAAUGCUUUGAAAUGUCACGUGAAAAUCACAAAGGAAGAAAGCCUUUUGAGGCAAUAUUUUUGAAUUGCCAAAUGUCACAACUACACUCGCACAAAAACUCACCGUUGAAGACACUUGGGAAUAGUUUCUUUGCAUAUUUGUUUUAGAAAACAAUAUCACGAUACUGCGGUAUCGGAAAGGAUACUGUAGUUUAUUUGCGGUUUAUUUUUGUGCUUCACCUCUGGAUUGUCCCCUGGUCGUGGACCUUCGCUCGCUCUCCCUCUCCCUUGAUGUCCGAGUGCCCCCAAUUAAAGAUGUUUACCUCAGAGCGAAACCAUGAACAGGCAUGGACCCUGUCCUCGUCCCCAAAGUCCUAGGACAGGAAGAGGCGGGAUUUAGGCACAGAGGUUUUUAGGCAGACUGAGACAUUUUGACUCACUUUAUUUUAUUUUUUUGCUUUUGACUUUUUGAAUCAUGAGUUAUGGAUUUUUAUUUAUAAAAAAUACAUGUAAUUAAAAAAUAUAUAAUGCUGCAAAACUGGUUCGUAUAAGUAUAUAAUUGUUUUGCAAUUUUGCUCUAAUUCAGGGGAGGGCAAAAUAAAAAACUUAAUUUUUUUCAGGUUGGAGGAAAAUCGGAGAAUGGUAGCGGACUAGGGCCCAAAAGCUACUUUUAACAUGGGCAACUCCAUUUAAGACUUUCACCAUUUUAAAGACUUCUUAUGGGUUAAGAAAGGCUCACAUAAUUCCAUCUAGGUAAUCAGCCAAUGAAUUCUACUCUUGAGUAAACAUUCCAUAACUGCAGGUGGCAGCCAACCUUGGCUUAAUACCUGUUCAAACAACACACCACAGGUGGCAGUAUGCACCCUUUUAGUUUGUUUACAAACUCAUAGAAGUAUUAGAAAAUGUACUACUUUAAAAUGGAGAUGGCCUCAAUGGCGCUGCCCAUUCUCUCACAGAUGCCAUAAUGGGACCGGUACAAUGAUGCAAUGUCCACGAGGCAAACACUGUAGCCCUGUUUCUGUAGCAGGACAUGAAAUCCUGCUGCAGAAAUGAUGUCACUUCCUGUGGAGAGCAGGUAGUGAUGGCAUAGGUCUCGCAGACAUUGCUUGCAUUAACUAAUGGUUGUGUGCCACGUCAUCGACUGAAAGAUUGCUGUAACAUAUGAGUUGGUUAGCUGAUAUGUAAAAUACCUAUCCAGACUUUGUAAGAUCUGGAAUGCAUCAGAAACACCUGGUCAGAGGAACAUACCCACUGUUGGGAACGCCAACAGAAGAGUUGCCUGAACUAAAACAAACCUAUAUUUGACAACAACAACAAAGUAUUACCUCAUUCUUUAAAAAAAUGUGUUAUAUUUUAUGUUGAAAUAGAAAAGAUUGCAAGGUUGGUAUUUUUCUGGUCCAGGUAUAGAAAAUCACUGAAGCCUCUAGUGGCUAAAGGUCAUAUUAGAAUGAGCAGAGCCAUUGAGGGCUUGCACAAUUUUAAUUUAGUCAACUGGGUGGAACUUCCAACUUCAUUGUCUAAGCCCUCCUGGCGACCCUGUUCGAGUAAUGUCCACCUGGGUCAUCAGGAGGGAUCAGCCAUUUUGAAGAAGAAAAUGGACUACUUUAAAAAAAAUAGAGUGCCUCAAUUGCUCCCCCGGCCGCCGCCGUCCAGGAGUCCCCUAAUCUCUGGGUCUGGUAUGUGGAGCCUCCAGGUUUACUAUUUUUACUUGUAGAUUUUCUUCUGUCUUAUGCACAUGUCUGAGUAUUAAUUUGUCUCUUCCUGCGGAAAGAAGACCGGACUAACAGAGGAUAGAACACGACCUCUGACCUAUACAGAACUUUAAAAAUUAGGUCACAGUUCAUAAGCUUCCUGAAUGUGUAUCUCUCAAACUUGUCUCUUGAGAAUAUAUAAAUAUAUAUUUCCAUACAGCCUGUACAAAGCUGCUGCAGCUGAACAGUCAUUGUUGAAACGGACUCACUCUGCAGAACGAUAACAUUGGAUACUUCUUGUCAAAGACUGACGGGGAGGUUGUUCCGUUGACGUUUUUGAUUUUCAUUUAAAAAAAAUGUAAAUUCAUAAUGGGUUGUGAUGACAUGCUGAGGAGCCUGAUACAGUUAUGUCUGUCUGUAGGGACAGACUGUCUUUGUACCGUCCAAGAGCAAGUCCCAGUUUGUUUCCAGGAUCUAGGAAGUGUGAGGGCUAACGCUAACACAAACCCCUGGUCCCUUGUCUGGACUUAUGUUCCUCUGUUAUGGCCCAUUCAAACAGAGCACAAAAAAAGCCAGGAAGGAUUUAUAGGGAGUGGGUUUGGAAUAGGGGGGUUUUCAAAAGCAGCCCAGGCUUGUUUUGGAACUAAUUGUUUAUUACUGAUGAACUAAACCCUAGAGAGUGUCGUGAACUAUCCCUAGACGGACCGAGCCACUUUAAAGAAUUACAAUGUCUUUGUCUUGUAUCACAAAACGAUACAAGCUUAUGUGUGUUGCAAGAUUUUUACUUGCCAGAGAAAAGUUGUUUUUAAAUAACUUAAUAAAACGUCAGUGUUUUGGCCUUCGUUUCAUUUCUACAUUUUAGACAGAAGAAUUCACUUUUAAGGUGGCCUGCUGAUGCUUUCAACUCUUGUGCACAUUAAAGACGUGAGUGGAAAUUCAUUGUGCCUUUUUUGUUUUUAAUUUCUACGAAACAAAACCAAUUCUCAACGACAAAUGUACUAAUGAAAAAAUAAACAAAAUGCUAGAAGCUGUUGGAGCAUCCAGAAUGGGAGAUGUUCUUGUGGUGUCUCAUAUUGCUGGAGUCUGCCACUAGAAUAGUCAAUGCUGUGCUCUGCUGAAUAGAGCGAUUUGUUCUACU